GACCGCCUCUUGGAGAGGAAAGCGGAAUUUUACGAUGCUUGGGCUCUCCUGGUGACCAUGGGAGGGCCGAAGCAGCGCGGCUGUGCAGCAGCACUGUGCAGUGUUGAACGAUUCCUCGCAGGGAGGGAGGACAGUUCUCAACUCCCGAGACAACCGUUGUUUAUUUCUAACUGCGGAACGCCAAGCUCCUUUUCACAAAGGUUUCGAAUUAGUGCAGUUUCAUAAACCUGAGUUCCCUGGGUUGAGUAUGAAGGACUUUGAGAUUAUGCCAAGAGUGGACUUCAUCUGGUAAAACCCUUCCAGAAAGUCCCUUGGCUGAUGUUAUUUUCAGAGUAUUCGCUUUCUAAUGAGCAAUGAUGAAAAGAUGCUCAUCAAAGCUAUUGGAUUUGUCCUGUGAAAGCUGUAAGAACUACUGGUUUUUUUCAAAUUGUCUCAAAUUAGUGCCUCAACACUGAUAUUUCUGUCUUCUGUUCUGUAGUGCACCUCUCUUAUUUUUUGUAACAAAGAGAUGUUGUAGUUUGUCGAUUGUUAGCACUGCUCCUGAUUCCUCCCACUGCUGCACCAUAUGUGCAUUUGAUUCCUUGUGUCCAGUUGCCAAGGUAGCAGACACAAACACAAAUCAGAUGAGCUUUGCAGGUUUUGGGGAUCCUUUAGAACAAAAGAUCCCAGAGAAACACAUAGUUUUCUUGAGAACAUAAUUUAUCAGUCUAGUCAAAAGCAAUGUGGGAGUUUGGGUUUAGAGUUUGCAGCUGUUUUAUUUAGAAACCCACUUUCUGCAAAUUUAGAGGAGCUUGUGAUGUUGUAAGGGUAUUGAACAGUUUGACAACCUUUCAGUCAAACUCAGCUUUAUUUAUUUAUCUGUUUAUUAACUCAUUUUCACCUCCCUCUUCUAAUAAAACGGCAUCCCUUUGUGGGAUUUAAUUUAAUUAAUUUGUGGGAUUGGAAUUGCCUGAAGUGUAGUCCUGAGUCGUAGUUGAGCCUUUUGGAGCCUUUCUGCCUGGGGAACAUGGAAGACAGCUUUGAUUCUGUAUUUCUUUUGGAUGUUGCAGAUACAUUCAUGUUAAUUACUUAUGUUUUGAACUUAUGAGCAUCCUUAUGAGCAGAAUUGCAUAAGUAUGUCCUAAAUAACAACGUCUAAACCAAAUGUCUCUUAUUUCCCUCUUUGAUGUGAAUUUUUCAUGUUUACUGUUUCCUCUGUCAGAGUUUCUUGUCUCUGUUAAGUCAGCUCCCAGUUUCCCAGCACAAAAUAUUUGACAGUAUAUCCAAGGGGAGAGAAGCAUCUCGUGGUGCUGGUUCUGAGCAGGAGUUUUGAGACUGGCCUAUUUCUCAGGAGCAAGAAUCAACAUUUCAACAGCUGAUGGACUUUGAGCUCCUGGAGAGGCUGCGCCAGGCCAACCAGGACCUUCUACAAAGGCUGAGAAUGAAGCAGGAAGAGAUCAGAAAAGAACUUCCCAGCAAGCAACUCCUUCUAACAUCUCUUCAUAGCAGUACAGCUGCUGACAGAUGUGUCCCCUUGCCCAGGAGAGUGGAGGAAAAUCAGGUCGAUGCAGUAAAAUCUACAGCUGACCCUGGAAUAAGGGCGUUGGUGGAACCCAGAGCUGGCCCAGCCCUCAGUUCAUCUGUUAAACACAGCAGCAGUGACAGAGGGGUACAGGAACAACAAGCAAAGACACAGGAAGGAGCAGAUUUGGAUUCCAGCUGUCCUGGGAAAGAUAAGAAUGUUACACCAGUGUCUGCAGUCGUUAUGUGUGGCAGAGAAGUCACCAGAGUGGAUGGGGAUGGCCAUGCUCAAGGAAGUCCAGAGAAAGAAUCCUCCUUCCUGGGAUGUAGAGAAAUCAGAAAACAGUCUGGUCCACUUCAUAGUUCCCAUGAGAAAAGUCAUCCAGGGCCGUCACUGAGCAGAGUGCAAAAUAAAGAGCCCAGUGAGCAGCAUGUGAGCAUCAGAGAGCCCCAUAUCCCUAAAUCAGUCCUGCUGACAUCUCGGUCCAAAGAGUUGAAGAAGGAAGCUUCUCAUGUGACUUUUCAGCCUGAGCCUGAAGAAGAUGCUAUACCUGUCAGCAGCUGGUCUGCCCGUCCUUUGCUGGGCUAUGACUGGAUUGCAGGGCUCCUUGAUACAAAGUCUCCAGUAACAGAAAAACCUGAGCAAUACUUUGCUGAGCUGCAGGAAUUCCGACAGUCCAACAGAGAGGCCUGCAUUCAUCAGCAGCAGCCGGAGCCCAAGACUCUGGAUCCACAAGAACUGGAUUCGAUAGCUGGUUCUCAUAAGUGUGUUUACUGUUACCGAUUGAACCGGCGCCUCUUCACCAUCCCUGUGGAUUCGCAGUCUGCCUGCCCUGUGUGUAAGAUCCCCUGCACCCACCAGCCCCCGGGGACACUGCAAGAGCCAGCCUAUGUCAGGGUCAGCAUUCCCAGGUCUGUCCUUUUGCCAGCCUACAAGUACAGAGCCCAUCGCAGGGGGAGCUUUGAGGCUGCAGAUGAUCUAGCCCUGCCUUCGCAUUGCCUGGCUGGCUGGGAAAACAUGGUCCCUUCCAGCAGGGCCCUGCUCAGCAGUUUGGAUCUGAGAGCCUCGUUGGAAGAGAAACCUUCUCCCUUGUCCUCGCCUGGGCUCGGUGUCCAGAGUGUGAGGAGAAGCCAAAACUGACAAGUUUCUGCACCUGCCUCACUUGGCACAGCUGAGGUUUAGCAGAGCAAUCCAGGACCCCAGGCUCUCAGUUCAGACCCCACUCCCUCAACACUCUGGACCAUUGACUUGGUUGCCCUGGGGAAGAGAUGGGCACAGCACAUGGAAACAACUCAGAAACAAAGCAGUUUGCAUAAAAAGAAAUCUUUGGACAGAUUUUCCCCAGUUUUCAUAGUCAUGUGUGGAUCUGAGCAACCAAUACACAGAUCUGAGUUUGUCCACGAUGUUCACUUUGCAUUUUUUUGCCUUUUACAACUACUUCUGAGCAGCUGCAUGAGCUGUCCCAGCUUGGGCUGGAUAAAGUCAUGUGUCCAGGAUCAGCAGUGUAUCUGCCACCUCACCUGAGUAACCAGCAGUGUAGCAUUAAUUCUGAAGGCCAGGGUGAAGAACUGGCCUGUGACAGGCCUGGUUCAGUGGAAUGACACAGAUAUGUUUAUUUCCAAAUACUUGAAACAUGACACACAAUUUUCUAGUGCCUUAAACUUGAGUUCCUCAAUAAUUUAUAAAAAUUUUAAAAAUCCAGUUUAUUCUCAGUGCAAUGUAUGUAGCUAUAGAGUGAUUACAUCAGACUAACUGAACGUGAAAAAAAAAGUUAAAAUGAGAUUUUAUUCAUCAAUGAGCCUUAAAAUGUUUGCAAAUUUUACUUGCCUCUACUUUUCCAAGUUUUCUGGAGAUAAACCAAAAAAGCAUUUUUAGAAUUUUUAAAUUGCACCAAACCAAACUACUACACAUAGUGUGAUUUGUUUGAACUUUAUAGACUGAUUUUACUUUGCUUGUCUGAAAACAAUAAAACUGAUGUUUUAUUUUGCUUUGAAUUUUCUGAAACAGAAA